AUGGGAUUCAAGUCAACACUCUUCGGCAUCAGCCUCCUCAGCUACCUCAAAGCUAUAAAUGCAUCCCCUGUGGGCGCCGACCCUGCCUCUAUCGCAGCCCACGGAAACGAAACUUUUUGGGUCAACGCAGAAGCUACCUAUAGUAUCGUCGACACUUACGACACUAGCAACUUCUUCAACUCCUUCACCUUUUUCACCGACACUGACCCAACCAGUGGCUGGGUCAACUACCAAUCCCAAAGCGCAGCCCAAAGCCAAGGCCUUAUCAAUACCAACAACAACCAAGUCUACAUGGGCGUCGAUCACACCACCCUGAACCCCGCAGCCCCCGGCCGCAACUCCGUUCGCGUCACUAGCAACAAAGCCUAUACGCAUGGUCUCUUCAUCGCCGACAUCGCCCAUAUGCCCGGGUCCAUCUGUGGCGUCUGGCCCGCAUUCUGGCUCGUAGGCGGUAACUGGCCUAACAACGGCGAGAUCGACGUCCUGGAAGGCGUCAACCUCGCCGGUACUGACCAAAUCACACUUCACACCGGACCGGGCUGCACUAUCAACACGGCUGGUUCGCAGAGCGGCACGACGCUCCUGCAAACAAACUGCAAUGCCAAUAGCGGCCACGAUGGCUGCGGUGCCACUACGACAACUGCAAAUGCCUACGGCACGAGCUUCAACAGUAAUGGUGGCGGCGUGUACGCUAUGCAGUGGGAGAGCUCCGGCAUCUACAUUUGGUUCUUCGCACGCGGCAGCAUCCCCGCCGACAUCUCCAGCGGAAGCCCAGUGACAGCCAACUGGGGAACACCGGUCGUAGCAUUCAACGGCGGCAGCGGGUGCGACAUCGACAGCAGCUUCCAGAGCGAGAACAUCGUCUUCGAUACCACGUUCUGCGGUGAUUGGGCGGGCAGUGUAUUCGACAGCGGCAGCUGUUCGCAAUAUGGAUCCUGUGACACCUACGUGGGUGCCAACCCCAGCGCUUUCCAGCAGGCUUAUUGGGAGAUCAACUCUGUCAAGGUUUACCAGAUCAGCUGA